AUGGGGCAGUUACGACUGCUGCUCCUGUUGGCGUUGCAAUUAUGCUGGUCAAAAGGGGAGAUAUUGACGCCGCCUUAUUUUAAUCUUGCGGCUGGUAAAGCCAUCACCGCUACGGAUACAUGCGGCGUUAACACACCUGGACCUGAACUCUAUUGCCAACUCGUCGGUGCUAUUUCCGAUCAAGAGGCUAAUAGCGUUAAUAAUCAGACUAUUAUUCAGGGACAGCAAUGCGACUACUGCGACCCCGAUGACGAGGAAAAAAAACAUCCGCCCGAGUAUGCCAAUGAUGGUAGGGAAACCUGGUGGCAAUCACCUCCACUUUCGAGGGGGAGGAAGUAUGAACAGAUCAACCUUACUAUCAGCCUUGGACAGAUAUUCCAUGUCGCAUACGUGUAUAUGCGUAUGGGUAACGCACCACGACCACGACUAUGGGUACUCGAGAAAUCUAAAGAUUUCGGCGAGACUUGGACAUCAUGGAUGUACUUUGGUGAAUCAAACAACGAUUGUCAAACAUACUUCGGCAUCGAAGCAAACACGCCUAUCACACGUGAUGAUUCGGUUGUUUGCAAAACCGAAUACUCAAAAAUCGUACCACUGGAGGGUGGCGAGAUACCAAUCUCCAUUCUAAACAACCGACCAUCAUCCAACUACUACUUCAAUUCAUCGGUUUUGCAAGAAUGGACUAAAGCUACAGACGUUAGAUUCAGAUUUAUCAAGACAAAUAAUUUCCUUGGACACUUGAUGUCCGACGGACAAUUAAUUAGACAAGAUCCUACCGUGACGAGACGAUAUUUUUAUUCUAUAAAAGACAUAGAAAUCGGAGGUCGUUGCUUCUGUAACGGUCAUGCCGAUAAGUGCGGCACUUUAGAUGCCAGUCGUCCAACUAAGCUGUUCUGUCAGUGUCAACAUAAUACUUGUGGCGCUCAGUGUGAAAAUUGCUGCAAAGGUUUUGAGCAGAAAAAAUGGAGACAAUCAACUUACUCUAAGAAAUUUGUCUGCGAACCGUGUAACUGUUUCGGACAUUCGGAAGAAUGUGAAUACGACGCUGAAAUUGACGAAAAACAUUUGUCGUUGGAUAUUCACGGUAGUUAUGAAGGUGGUGGUAAAUGUAAAAACUGUAGACACAAUACCGAAGGUAUUAACUGUAACCGUUGCAAACCCAAAUUCUACAGACCGGGUUAUAAACCACUCAAUGCUACUGACGUUUGUCAGCCAUGUAAUUGCAAUAACUUCAAUCUGACCGGUAACUGUUACGAAUCGACCGGCCAGUGCGAAUGCAGACCUGAGUAUGCAGCACCAAAUUGCGAUGAAUGUAGUUACGGUCACUUCGGCUAUCCUAACUGCCGACCAUGCGAGUGCAAUCUUAACCGUACCGAAGGAUAUCACUGCGAAGCUAUCGAGGGACAAUGUCCGUGCAAAGUCAACUUCGCUGGUCAUUAUUGUAACAUUUGUGCUGAAGAAUAUUACGAUUUUCCCAACUGUUAUUCUUGCGACUGUAACCCAACUGGCUCACUGAACAACGUUUGUGAUGUCUUGUCCGGUAACUGUUCUUGCAAGUCCAAUUAUGGUGGCAGACAGUGUGACAUCUGCGAAGAUGGUUACUACAAUUAUCCCAAGUGUACAUAUUGCGAAUGUGAUACACGUGGUACUGAACCCGGCGUUUGCGACAAAGAAAACGGCAAGUGUCUAUGUAAAGAAGGGUACGGCGGUCCUCGAUGUGAUCAAUGUAUCAGUGGUUACUACAACUAUCCCAACUGUGAGCCAUGUAACUGCAGCUUUAAUGGUUCGUCUUCAAUUAGUUGUGACGUUGGUGGCAAAUGUCACUGUCUGUUCAACUUCGUCGGCAAAACUUGCAAUCAGUGCGCCCCUGGUUAUUACAACUAUCCUGAUUGUAUCGCUUGUAAUUGCGGUACUCAUGGUUCAAAUGGCAUAUCCUGCGGUCAAGACGGCAAAUGUCAAUGUCUCGAGAACUUUGAAGGCGAUCGCUGUGAGAGAUGUAAAGACAACUAUUAUAACUACCCCACGUGCGAGGGAUGUAAUUGCGAUCCUGCUGGUAUUGCUGGUACAUUCCGCGGAUGCGGUAGUUUGCCAGCUGGUGAACUCUGUCAAUGUAAAGAACGCGUAGAAGGACGUAUUUGUAAUGAGUGUAAAAAGCUAUUCUGGAACUUGCAAGCUAACAAUCCUGACGGGUGUGAAGACUGUCAAUGUCACAUUCCUGGUGUUAUCGGUAGCAUCGGCGAGUGCGAUGGCAAAACUGGUCAGUGUAUCUGUAAACCUGGUGUGACUUCUCGAGACUGUUCCGUAUGCGCGGACGGCAUGUACAAUCUUCAAGAGAGUAAUCUUUUUGGUUGUGCCGGAUGUAACUGUAAUAUCGGUGGUUCUUUAAGUCCAAUUUGCAAUAAACAAGACGGUCAAUGUCUCUGUCGCAAUCGCGUGGAAGGUCAAACUUGCAACCAACCUAUGAGAGCUCAUUAUUUCCCAACUCUUCAUCAAUUUCAAUAUGAAGCCGAGGACAGCCAUGCUCCGAACAACCGAUCCACACGUUAUGGUUUCGCAGAGGAUCUUUUCCCCGGUUAUAGCUGGAAGGGAUACGCAGAGUUCUCGUUGCUUCAAAACAAAAUCAUUCAUGAAAUUGAUGUACAGAAAUCGUCGCUAUACCGUAUGGUGAUGCGAUAUGUGAAUAAAAAUCCUAAACCGAUCAUUGGAUUUGUGACCAUUGCACCUGAUAAUCAUGCUGAUGACGAACAGCACUUUAAGGUUCAGUUCAAGCCUACGAACAAACCAGCAUUUGUUACUGUAGCUGGUGCGCAAGGCAAUCUACCAUCGGUAAUGGUAAUGAAUGCCGGUCAUUGGACAGUUUCAAUCACCGUUGAAAAGAAUAUCUUGCUCGACUAUUUUGUUCUCCUCCCAUCCGAGUACUACGAAGCAAGCAUACUCACUCAAGAUGUCAGUACCCCAUGUCACAUUGGUGACAGGGGCCUAUGCCGUCACUACGGUUACCCGAACUUGACUCCAUUCGACGCUGUGCUCGGUAAUGGUGCUUUUGUCGAUGAUAAUGGGUCAAGAAAUCCACCAAAUAAAAUAUUCGAUGACGAGUAUGCUCUAAGAGAAUGGGGAGAGAAUCCAUUGCCAAUAAUCAAUGACGAACAAUCGAAAUUGUACUUUGAAAUGGUGAUUAGCAAGCCGGGACCAUAUGUGCUUGUUAUCACUUAUGUCACACCUCCAAAGGAACAGAGCCGUACUGCUAUCUUCAAUGUCGAUGUUAACUAUAAAGACAAGGGCAGGGCUAUUCUUUAUCCGUGCACCUAUAGUAGCGUCUGCCGUCAAGUAGUUACAGAACCCAACGGCAAAGUGGCUAUGAUGAACUUCCCCAAUAAUGAUGUAAUCAUUGUGUUAGACGGUGAACCAGGCUUGAACGUUGCCGUAAAAGCAAUUGUUGCAGUUCCCGUCUCAGAAUGGUCAGUUGAAUAUUUGAUGCCAAAAUCAGUGUGCAUACGCAAUAAUGGCCAAUGCAUCCAAGAUCAAUUCCCUGAAGCACCCGAUGCUAAACGCAUAGAACUCGAUCAAGUUAGCAAUGUAUUAGAAGUUGCUACGACACCCGAUGGAAUUUAUGACAACAGUUCCAAGUUUAUCUACCUUCACGAUCAAGAUGAGACAAUUGAUAUACCGGCAAAAGUUCCUCAUAUAGGAGAUUACGUUUUUGUUGUGCAAUAUUAUCAACCGGACUACCCUGAAUUUGAUCUUGAAGUAUUUGUACAGAAUGGAAAGUUCUACGAGGCUAGAGUACCUAUGACACAUUGCCCGAGCAACAGCGGAUGUAGAAGUCUUGUUCGUCAGACUAAUGGCGACGCACGCUUCCAGUUGAUCGAAAAUUUUGUAAUAACUCUAAAAGAAAUCACCGGACGUGGAAUCUACCUGGACUAUAUUCUGGUAAUACCGGCUGAUCUCUACAGCGAUGACAUCUUGAGGAAAUUACAAUUCGAUCAAACUAAACAAUUCAUCGAACAAUGCAGUCAAAAUCACUUCACGAUCGACAUCAAUGAAACUAGUUUCUGUCGGGACUCAGUAUUCUCAUUGACCACCAAUUAUAACAGUGGAGCUUUACCUUGCAGUUGUGACGUUGAAGGUUCUCGAUCGUUUGAAUGCGAAAAGUUCGGUGGUCAAUGUCAUUGCAAACCUAACGUUAUUGGCCGUAGAUGUAACAUUUGUAAGUCCGAUUAUUUUGGUUUCCCCAAUUGUCGUCCAUGCAAUUGUCCACCGCGUGCUCAUUGCAAUCCUGAAAAUGGCGAUUGCUUUUGUCCACCGAACGUCAUAGGUGAUAAAUGCGAUCAGUGUGAAAUCGGUACUUACGGGUACCAUCAGAUCUUCGGUUGCGAAAAAUGCGAGUGUCAUCCACAUGGUGUUCUCAAUGGUGAUCUUCAGUGUGACCUUCUCUUGGGUACAUGUAAAUGUAAGCCUAAUGUGGAUGGACGUAGUUGCGACGUUUGUCAUCCUGGACACUAUGCAUUUCCAUACUGUGAAAAAUGUGACUGUGAUAUUAGAGGUACGACAGAUGAAAUUUGCGACCAGGACAAUGCUGACUGUAAAUGCAAAGAGAAUGUGCACGGACCAGCUUGCGAUGUUUGCAAGGAAGGAAUGUUUAAUUUACAAGCUAACAAUGAGAAAGGUUGUAGCCAAUGCUUCUGCUUUGGUAAAACAACUAGAUGUAGUUCAGCAACUUUGUACAGAACUCACAUUACGGAUAUGGAUGGUUGGGAUGUCGCUUUGGUGAACGAGAAAAAUGAUACCGUGAAGAUUAUCAAGAAUAUACCACAGAAACUCAACGAGACUCAUAUCAUGGUCGAUAUGAAAGUUAACGAUCCAAAUGAAGUUGACGAUAAGGACAUCUUGUAUUUAUCCGUUCCACUAACCUACCUCAACAAGAAGAUCACAUCCUAUGGUGGAUGGUUGAACUACACUAUCUUUUACACUACUACUGGUAUCUAUGGUCAAGCUGUUCCUGGUGUCGACGUUAUAUUACAGGGCGCAGAUAAUUUCUUGAUGUACAGAGCUGAAGAGCAACCACCAUCGUUGGAGAACUUCAUUACGUCGGUGCAGUUGGUCGAAUCAAAUUUUGAGACCAAACACAAUGUUAUGGCGACUAGAGAAGAAUUUAUGGUUAUACUGAAAGAUCUUAGAGGCAUUUACAUUCGAGCGACCUAUUGGCUACCGACUUUGAAAGUCUACUUAUCCCAAGUAACCCUCGACACCGGUACUGAUCAGUACAUUUUGAACGCUGAGUUAGCUAGUAGUGUUGAACAUUGUCAGUGCCCACCUAACUACAAAGGUCUGUCGUGCGAAGAAUGCGCUAAAGGUUAUUACAGAGUACCAGGACCAUUUGGUGGUUCCUGCGUGAAAUGCCAGUGUAACGGACACGCUGACUCAUGCGACGUUAAUACGGGAAUUUGCAUAGAUUGUAAGAAUGGUACAAUUGGCGAUCACUGCGAGUUCUGUCAAGAAGGUUACUAUGGUAACGCUACCUACGGUACACCAUCCGAUUGUCUCAUCUGUGCCUGUCCAUUACCAUUGCCAUCCAACAACUUUGCCAAAGGUUGUGACGUCAGUGAAGAUGGAAGUCGUAUCAGUUGUGAUUGCUUGCCAGGAUACUAUGGUGCCAGAUGUGAAUCUUGCUCAGCUGGAUUCUUUGGUAGACCAGAUGCCAUCGGUGAUACAUGUAAACCUUGCCAGUGUUCUGGAAAUAUCGAUACAAAUUCUAUCGACUCGUGCGAUUCUGUUACUGGUGACUGUUUGAAAUGUUUAAAUAACACUUACGGCGAAGCUUGCAAUCUUUGCGCCCCUGGAUUCUUUGGUGAUGCCGUUGAUAGGAAAGACUGCAAGAGUUGUUAUUGCGACCGAUGCGGUAUGAAGAAAUGCGACAGCUACAGUGGAACAUGCGAAUGUCAUGAGAAUGUAGAGGGCGAAACGUGUGAUCGUUGCGCGGACGAUCAUUAUGGUUUUCAAUCUUGUCAGGGCUGCAGACCUUGCAACUGUGCACUUGCUUCGGAGAGUACUCAGUGCGCUGAUGAAGAUGGCAAGUGUAAGUGUAAACCUGGCGUAGAAGGGCGUACUUGCGACCAGUGUAUGGCUGGAUUCUGGAAUUAUACUAUUGAAGGAUGUAUAUCUUGCAGCUGUACGACUGGUUAUUCGCGAGGUGCCUCUUGUAACCCCAUCAACGGACAGUGCGAAUGUUUACCCGGAGUGCUGGGUGAAAAGUGCGACCACUGCCCUGAACGUACCAUACUUGACGAACGUCGCGGUUGUCAGACUUGUGACAAAUGCACUCACGACUUACUCGACGUUACGGAUGAUUUGAGACUUAAACUAGAUCCAGUAGCCAAUUCCUUCCAGAAUGUCGCCGACACUUUCUUUACUAAUCAACGUCUUGAUUUUAUCAAUCAAACUCUGAGUAAAUUAGCCCCAGAAGUGAAAUUGUUGGACCCAAGGCGAAUUGACUUCCAGCCAUUGAAAGAACGGAUCGGUAAACUAAGUAGCAAAGCUUAUAGUUUGAAGAGAACAGUUGAGUACCGAAAUGACGACAGUAUGAAAUGGAAAGGAAUGGCCGAAAAGAACUUAAAAGAUGUGAAUAAUCUAGAGACAGAUGUUAAUAAAGAAAUUAAUUUGGUAAAUACAAUUAUCAACGAAGUACAGUCGCUGGCAACUAACACUGAGUUCAGCAGUGGUCCCAAAGUUGAUAAUGCGUUGAAGGAAUCGCGAGAAAUUCUUGAGAAGAUGAAGCAGGUAAGCUUUACCGAAGCUCGUGAUAAAGCAACUGACCAAGUUGAUCAAGCUAACAUUCUUGUAUCUGAAAUGAUUAGUUACGAAGAACCUGUAAAGAAACUCGAACAUAACACUGAAGCUGUUAAGAAUAAAACACGUGAAUUAUCCAAUCAAAUAGAUGAUAUGUAUAAUCUAACAGUUCAAGCUGACGAUAAAGCCAACGAAGCUGAAAGACUUAAUUUUGAAAACAAGAAGGUUGUGGAUUCCAGCACAAAGAAUGCCGUCAACAUAGCUUACGACCAGACCAAGGACGAUAUUGCAAAGAGCGACGAGUUGAAUAAGAAAGCCGAAGAGUUGUAUAACGAAGCACUUUACAAUUUCAGCGAAUUAAAAAACACCGUGGAAAUCGAUAAGCCGACUGAAGCGAUCGAACAUCUUACCAAUACUAUCAACGACAACGAAGUUUUACUCGCGGCAGUCAAAAACGAAGUACCCGAGGCAGUACACCACGCUCACAGUCUUGAGAAUAAAUCUAUGAGAUUGGAAUCUAUGCUUUUGGACACACGUAAUUUAACUGCAGUACGCGCUGCUUCAGUUUAUCAAAAUAUUGCACUCAGUAUCGGUGAGGCCAGAAAACAUGCUGAAAGUGCUAUGAAAUCAGCUGAUAAUGCUACUAAUUUGGCUGAUGGACUUGGAGACAGAAGUGAUAGUGCCCAAAGAAAAAGUAGUGAGCUGUUGAAUAACGCAAGAACGGCUGUGGAUAAAACUGAUCGAAAUCUCAAGCCAACGCUCUUAAAUGCUAAAUAUUAUAAUGUACACUAUAUUGCCGAUGAAAACGCUAAAAAUAUCCAGAAACUUGACUUUAUUGAUAAGUCGCUUAACACACUGUCAGUAGAAUCAGGUUCGAUGAUCAUUCAAGAAGCUGACAACAACGCCGACAAAGCUGAAUACACUAUUGGAGAAGCUUUAGCCAAUCAUCUAACUGGUAAAGAAGAGAAGAUUCCCGAAGAUCUCAAACGCACUAAACAACUAUCCAAGGAUACUUCAGACGCUAACCGUGACGUAUCUCAAGCCAACCAUCAACUUGAUUCUUUCGGUACAAUUCUACCUGACAUCAACAAUCGUUUAAGAAUCUUAAGUGAUAGACAACAGUCGAUCAAUGGAAAUGGAACUAGUUUGUAUGACAAUAUCGAGCAACUGAAAAAGAAGAUUGAAAAUGCCAGAGAUUUGGCUAAUAGAAUAAGAAUUGGAUUGACAUUCUUCCCGAAUACGACUUUACAAUUAAAGAAUCCUGAAAGUUUACCAUUGCAAACUACUUCAUCGAAAGUCUCGUUAUACUUUAGAACGAAACAGGCCAAUGGUUUCUUAUUGUACCUAGGAAAUGAGAACAGAACUAAUAUUCCAAGAACUAACACGCAUGAUUUCAUGGCGCUAACGAUCGAAGGUGGAUACCCCAUAUUGACAUUGGAUUUAGGUUCAGGACCUCAACGAAUAAUCGGCAACCGCUACGUCUCCGAUAACAUGUGGCGUCAGUUGGUGGUUGAUCGUACCGGUCGUAACAUCAAACUAAUAGUUCGUGAAGAUGAAGGCGAUGGUCGUGAACAGAGCUACAUCACUGAACAAUCCUUGCCAGGGUCACACUCAGUAUUCAACUUGGAUCAGGAGAAAUCGAAACUCUUCGUAGGUGGUAUUCCACCAUCGUUCCAAGUUCAAGAUGCGGUUAUCUCUUCUUCAUUCGAUGGUGAAAUGGAGGAUGUAAUAAUCGGCGAUGUACCGGUUAGUUUCUUCAACUUCGUCUACGGAGAGAAUAAUGGUCAACCAGCUUAUGAACGUGAUAAGUUGGUGAAUCUUCAACCGACGACAGGUUACCGAUUUGAAAGGGAUGGAUAUGCUCUUUUGAGCAAAAAAGCACAUUCGCUACCUCCGGAUGUUAAGAAGUUUAGAGUAAUGUUUAAAUUUAAGACGUGGGUUAACAAUGGACUUAUGUUUUUGAUGGGAGGAAAGAAACAUUUCCUUGCAAUAGAAUUGAAAGAUGGACAAAUUCUUUAUCAAUUUGAAUUAGAUGAUGGAAUGGUUGCCAUCAAAACACCACAAAGGUACAAUGAUGGCAAAUGGCACGAAGUUACAGCCAUGCGUCUCGAUCAAAUAGGAGCACUCAAAGUAGAUGGUAAAGAAGUCGGCCAAGGCCAAAGCCAAGGUGCGAAUAAAACUUUACACAGUACAGAUUACAUGUACUUCGGUGGUUAUCCAGUUGCCAUUCAACAACCAUACAAGCCGGUGACGCAAGUGGGCUUUGAAGGUUGCAUCGAUGACGUAUCUGUUCAAGAGCUUUCGGUUGAUCUCACAAAGAAUAUGAAAGCCCUUGGCGUUGUCAAUGGAUGCCCUGUUAAAUUCGCAAGUUUGGUAUCGUUUACUUCCAUGCGACCAGGACAUGUAAAAUGGGGUGACGUCUCGGUGCAAAAUGCACGUCAACUAAGUCUUAAAUUCAAGACUCAAAGCAAGAACGGUGUGAUUUAUCAUCUAGUCAACUCGGAUAGUUCAGCAGUAAGUACGUUGUUCCUUGAAAAUGGCCAAUUGGUUCUCGAAACUCAAGGAGCACGACUUGAAGCGAAUACUCCGGAUAUCAGAUUUAACGACGGCGAGUGGCAUUACAUUACCGCUACACAUAAUAAUAGCUUGUUAAGACUAGAUAUUGAUGAUACUGAGGACGAAAAAAUGGAUGAUGCACCUUAUCCCAGUCAAAUAAGCAAUGGUGCACUCUACGUUGGUAGCGUACCAGAUAAAUUCAAACAGGGUAGAAUUUAUGAUCCUUUUGAUGGUUGCAUUGGUGACGCAACGUUGAAUGGAAUUAUUAUCAAUUUUGCCAAUUCUUCAGAGAAAAUUUACGCGAAUCUAGGACAAUGUACUGAUUCCGCACACAUUACGUUCCCUGAAGAACCUACAGUGCAAACAAAUGCACCGUUACCACAGGAGGAGUGGGACGACUCUGAUAAUAUAAUUAACACGCCCGAUAUAGACAUGCGAUUCCAUGAAACAGACGACGAAUCACCAAGCGAGGGUCGUCCGCCACUGCAUGAGGAUGAUAACGAAUCUCCUAUAAUUAUCACUACUACCACAGAGCCAUCGACAACAUCGCCAAGGGAACCUGAAACUGUUGACGGAUGCCGAUUACCUUACUAUCCAGUCACAGAUCCUGAUCAAAUGAGUGAAAAUGCUUGGAGAUUCGGAACUCAAAUGAACAGUAGAUUCCAAUAUAAUUCGCUGGGUGGUCAAACAUUGGAUGACUUCGAUUUCCAAAUUGACAUCAAAACAUUUGCGACGGACGGUAUUGUGUUCUACAGUUUCAAUGUCAACCAGCCAGAUAUGAUCGCUCUUUACAUUAAGGAUGGAUACGUUCACUUUGAAUUCAACUGCGGGGGUGGAAUUCCAGGAAUGGCAAUCAGCGAUAGGAAAGUAAACGACCAACAGUGGCAUACAGUGUAUUUCCGUCGCGAACUAACAACUGGCACAUUAACCAUCGACGGUUCACCUCACAUGAAAGGUCAAUGCCAGGAAGCAACCACGCAAACGAACGUUCAGAGACCAUACUUUGUUGGAGGUGUCGAUCCUAUAUAUGCCUCUAUUGUUGACAAAACCAUUGGUUUUAACAAAUCGUUUAGUGGCUGUAUACGUAGCUUUAUGUUGAAUGGAUUACUCGUGCCCCAGCCUACGUUUAAAUUUGGAGUGAUACCUUGCUCCAAAAGGGUUGAGCCUGGAAUGUUCUUCUAUCCGGGUAACGGUAGUAACUGGUUCAAGGCUGAUGAAAGGUACACCGUGGGCAGGCAGAUCGACAUUCAGAUGGAUAUAAAACCGAGGUCAUCCUCGGGACUUUUAUUAUCGGUUCACGGUAGGAACGAUCACAUCGUGCUCGAAAUGGUUAAUGGAACAAUCAAGUUCCUCGUCAAAGCUACUAAAGGACAAAUGGAAACCAGUUUCCAACCUGCUAAUCCAAAUGCUUUAUGCGAUGGUAACUGGCACAACAUCCGAGCUCUGAAACAAAAGAACGCCGUCGUACUUUCGGUUGAUCAUAUCGGCGCACCACCAGGAAUCGGUACGAAGAACUACGGUGGUGUACUCACUAAACAUCCGAUUUAUGUCGGUGGUCAUCCACAUCUUGAGUCAGGAAAGUCAUUGAGAGGCAGCGUUUCUCGAGCUCAAUACGUUGGCUGCAUUAACAAUAUCAUCAUUAAAGAUAAACCAUAUCCGCUCGACCCAAGACACAUUCACGGCAGAGUCAUCGCUGAUGUGUGUCCAACGAUCUAAAUUAAUUAGCGACUGAUUUCUUUUCUCUUUCUAUAUGAACUAACUUGAAUUUGUUAAAUCAAUCCUAAGAAUUUUUGUAUGUAUUUUUGUAAAAUAAACAGUGAUGUAAUGCCAAAAUAAUUUUAG